CUUGAUUGAAAAUAAGAUUUGAACAAAAAUUGGUGUUUUGACUUUUGUGUAAACAUUUAUGUUGGCCUUGGUCACGUAUAAACUAAGUAUGGUUUUCUAUUUAAACUUCUGAGGUUUAAUGAACUGUUAUAGCUUCCUUGCACUACAUUUUCGAGCAACCUUAACAAAUCAUCCAGUCCAUUUACAUACUACAAUAUACACUUGAUAAUCAAAGUGCUUUUUCCGUUCCGGUGAUAAAUGAAGCAUUGUCUGUACCGACGCAGUUUUUCCGCGUGGGUUCCACAACUAUGGACAUUGCGACUCUGUGGAAAACGCUUGCGGAAAUCAAGUGAGACGAGUGAAAGAAGCGGCACAUACGACACCAUGGCUGGUUUUUCUUUUCUGCGAACCAAGUCGACAAAGAAUAACUCGGAACCAUCCGGCAGAAAACAGAAGAAGUCCUCAGCACGAACAACCACACAGAACAGACUCAAUGCAUCAGCCAACCUGCUUAUGCGUCAAGACAUGGAAUACUCCAGCAGUAGUUCAGCCAGCGAAGACGAGCAACUGUACGACACAGAUAGAUACUCGUCGAGAGCUAGCCGCCGACAACAACAGCCUCCUCCUCACCAGCUGAAUAACUCCUACGCCGCCCCUGCCGUACGGCCCACCCGAAGUGAAGCCCUUGACUAUCUUCAUCCCCUCCCCUCUCAGUCGGGAGAUCCAUAUGCCAGCCAUAUAUACAGUCGGCCCAAUACCACCCGAGACAGGCUGAACCAGUCGCUGGACACGAGAACAGUUGGCACCAGUGCAAGCCGAAUGGGUGACAAUGGGAAAUAUUAUACCUUAGAUGGGAAUUUGAACGGAACUUGUUACGAUGCCAGUCAUCGCAACCUUGCUUCUCACUGUAAAAAAUGGAAGCAAGAAUCGGAAGAACUUUUCCUAGAAAACAAAAAACUGCAGAAAGACAUCGAGACCUUAUUCCACGAACUGGAGCUGAUGGCUCAAAUAGUGUUUAGAUGCUCCAAUUAUAUUCCGAAGCUCAUCAACCUUUUGUUCAAAAGUUCGAUCGGCGAAAGAACUCUUUCCCACGUCAACAAAAUUCCAGAAAACUCUCCAAAUUCCCAAAAUUUGAUCAACUUAAGCUUUACACCAACUUUGCACACCAAAGUAAAUGGAGAUCAUCUACAGUUAAAACCGCUGGGAAAACUAUACUCACCUCAAUUUUUGAAAAUGGAACGAAACUCAGAUAAUUCGACCAACUUGGAUGAAUAUUUAUCCGAGGCUUAUAAUUCAGUAAGACGAAAACGCGAUAAUUUAGCUUCGAAGGAAAGCAAGACACAUGCGUGUUCGGGAAGAGACUCGGUUAAUUCUAGUAUCUACGAAAAUGUUGGAUUUUCGGAUGAAUUUAAACAAGCGUUGACUGUUUCAAACGAUUCAAAAAAUGGAAAAGCUCAUGAGAACUCAAGUCUGAAUGCAUCUCAACAAAUGACAAUUCCGAAAAAAGCAAAUGACAGCAGAAAUACAUUCAUUGUCAAAAGCGAGACGUCAACAAGAACACCUUCAGUGCCACUUUUUGAAGAUGAGACCGAAAAGAAGCUCGAAACUGUGGACGAAAUCUCUACACGUUCCAACCUGAACGAAAGUUUCUCUAAAACCGAAAACGGUUGUCAAAAAUUGAAAACUAAUAAACUAAGUAUGAGGGAUCUUAGGAAUCUUAAUCAUGAGAUUCCUGAAACCGCCAUUGAAGUUCCCGACGUUUGCGAACUACACGAUAGCAGAACUGAGAAAGACUUGUCAGUGGACCUUUCAAAGGCUACCCUUGAAAGAGUAAAGUCCGAUUUUAUUACUUCAUUCCGACAGCAGAUUAGACAAACAAAACAAACCGCUCAAUCAAAUGGAGCUCUCAAUCUCAACACGUCGCUUCAAAAUUGUGAUAAUUCUUUCACGUCGACGAAAUCUGUGAAAACGCACAGGAAAAGCAGGAGAAACAAAACAAAAACUAGUCCGAAGAAACUUGAACAAAUUCUGAACGAAUCUCAGAUUUCAAUAUCAGAUCUUCUAGAAAGUUCUAGUCUUUUCUCGAAUCGUUUGAUCCACUUGCAGUCAAAUUACUCAGUGGUCCCUGAAAAACUGCAGGGACUUCUGAAACGAGAUCCAAUUGCUCAGUUGAUUCGUGUGUUAAACGAACUUGAAGCCGUGAUUAAAGUCCACGUAAAUUCUAUUUAUCUCAAAUACAUUAUCUAA